AUGGGCUUGAAUGCUUCAGCUUCCAAGGUGAUUCUUCGUCACAUUCUAUGGGAUGUUGAAAGACAGCUACACGAGGAGCAGCAAAGGCUUCACCAGCAAGGAGCAACGGAAGCACAACUCCAUGUUUCCCAAGCCAUGGUUGAAAGUCUUGCAGGUAAUGCCUUCUAUUCUGCUACUACUUCUCGGUAUGCCCAAGCAGUGCCAGGCUCGAGGCUUGCAAAAUGA